AUGUCUUUACCGCCAAAGCAUGUGAAUAACCGGGUAGUGAUAAACGUUGGAGGAACACGAUAUGAAACGUACAGAACGACCUUAAAGAAUAUCCCGGAUACACGACUCUCGUGGAUUACAGAAACUAAAGCCCAGAACUCGGACUGCGAUCCCGUUACGGGCGAAUAUUUCUUUGAUCGACAUCCCGGGGUAUUUAAUAUGAUUAUCAAUUAUUAUCGGACAGGCAAGCUGCAUGCUCCUACAGAUGUCUGUGGUCCUCUGUUUGAGGAGGAGUUGACAUUCUGGGGAAUAGACGAGAGGCAAAUUGAGCCGUGCUGCUGGAGUACCUACAGAGCUCACCGAGAUGCUCAAGAGACCCUAACUCAUAUUGAUGGUAUUGAUAUGAAUCAAGAUGAGCAGGAUUCCGAUAUCGAUGACCAUGUUGCAGAGCGGUUUGGUAUUGAGGAAGUACCAGCUGCUAAAGAGGGUAAAUGGUUACACUGGAAACGACGGUUGUGGAAUCUCCUGGAAUUUCCGUAUUCAACCAAAGCCGCAAAGGUAUUGGCUAUAAUAUCACUGGUGUUCGUUCUUUUUUCUAUUGGUGCCUUCUGUCUGGAAACACACAUGAAUUUUCGUUAUGUAACAGUACCUAAUGCCACGAUACUAGAUGUACACACAGUUCUGGAAGCUCAAACUAUGACCAAACCAUAUCUGUUCUUAGACGUUGUAGAAUACUCCUGUAUCGCGUAUUUCACUUUAGAAAUCAUUGCCAGAUUUAUAUUCUGUCCAUGUAAAAGAGAAUACGUAAUGCAUGCAUUAAAUUGGGUUGAUUUCAUGUCCAUAUUGCCCUUCUAUAUAAGACAAAUUGUGAUAAGGAUUAGUCCGGAACUCGAGACGUCGACUGGCUUGUAUUAUCUCAAUACAUUGCGGCUGAUACGGAUAUUUAGAAUAUUGAAGUUAUCGCGACAUGUGAACGGUUUGAAGAUUCUGGUACAGACGAUCAGAGCCAGUGCUAAAGAACUUCUUCUCCUGAUUCUCGUCUUGGGAAUCGGUGUCCUGAUAUUUGCCUGUUUGAUAUAUUAUGCUGAACAAGUCGCUGAUUUUGGUGAAAAUGAUUUUAAAAAUAUUCCUUUAGGAUUCUGGUGGGCGGUAGUAACAAUGACUACUUUAGGGUACGGUGAUCUGCAUCCUCGGACUGCUCUUGGUUAUAUCGUCGGAGCGGGCUGCGCCCUCUGUGGUCUGCUGAUGUUGGCAUUACCCGUGCCAGUUAUUGUGAACAAUUUUACUUUAUAUUACUCGCAUGCUCAAGCAAGAAUGAAACUCCCCAAGAAGACGACGAAGAUAUUGGUUGGUGCUGCCGAUGCACUGAAACAGCAGAUGUCACUUCCAGUCUCAACUAAACAUGAUCGAGACGUAUCGUUUAUCCCGUUACCAAAAUAA